UUUCCGUCUUUGCUGCCCUUCCAGGUCUCGCGGCGCUUGGGAGAUGGCGGAAUUGGACAUCGGGCAGCACUGCCAGGUGGCACAUUGCCGUCAGAAAGAUUUUCUCCCAUUUAAAUGUGAUGGUUGUUCAGGAAUAUUCUGCCUUGAACACAGAAGCAGAUCGUCACAUAACUGUCCUGAGGUGACGAUAAUCAAUGAAGCUCCGAAGCCAGAUACGCACACCUCUUACCCAUGUUCAUUUAGAGACUGCACUGAAAGAGAACUUGUUCCAGUUACAUGUCCUUACUGUGAGAAGAACUUUUGCCUGAGACACCGACAUCAGUCAGAUCAUGAAUGUGAAAAACUGGAAAUCCCUAAGCCUCGAAUGACUGCCACUCAGAAACUGGUUAAAGACAUUAUUGAUUCCAAGAAGGGAGAGGCAGCAAGUAAGCGACGGAAAGGUGCAAAAAACAGUGAAACAGCUGCAAAGGUAGCAUUGAUGAAAUUAAAGAUGCAUGCUAAUGGAGACAAAUCAUUGCCACAGACAGAAAGAAUUUACUUCCAGGUUUACUUACCUAAAGGGAGCAAAGAGAAGAGCAAACCAAUGUUCUUUUGCAACCGAUGGAGUAUUGGAAAGGUCAUAGACUCUGCAGCUGCCUUAGCUAGUCUUAAAAAUGACAAUAACAAAUUAACAGCUAAGAAGUUGAGGUUAUGUCACAUUACCUCAGGAGAAGCAUUACCCUUGGAUAAUACUUUGGAAGCCUGGAUUGCCAAGGAAGAUCGUCCUUUAUAUAAUGGUGGAAAUGUUGUCUUGGAAUAUCUUGAUGAUAAAGAACAGUUUUUAGAAGAUGUUGAUUCUUACUUGGAAUAGUCAAGGGAUCAAGCCAGGAAUCACAAUAAAAACUGUUCUUUUUUUUUCUUUUAUUGGGAGUACUGUAUAUAAAUAUAUAUGUUUAAAUUGAUUUUUAA